GAAAAACCGGACGUCUGGUUUCCCACAGAAGUUAAAUCUUAAGCUAACAGAAGCCGGAGGAGUGUGUGUUUAGCCGAAGCUAAAGGACUCAGACAUUCAGGUGAACAUACAGCAUGGAUGACCGGAAUGAAUUGGAGAUCUACAUCCCAGUGGAGGCGGAGGUGAAAAGCAUCCCCCUGCAAAGUUUACCCAGCUCUGUUCUCAGAAGAAUGGGUCUCCCCCUCUCUGACUCUGAUGCCCCCAGAAAAUCUGCAGAUUCUCAACAAGUCAUAUGGAUUUGUCCAACAGUCAUUGGGAGGAAAGGUCAGGGAUCAGCCUCACGUAGAGGAAGCGCUGCAGCAGAAAACGCACGCUCCUUGCUGGGCACAAAGUUUCGGGAUAGGCCAGAUUCCCUGCAAAUGUCUUUCGUCUCCUCCAACCGUGCCGCUUGGGAGGUGCUGAAGGGUAUUUCACCUGGAAAACGAACGUCGAACACCCAGCCGUUUCCUCAGGGCUCUGUGACGCCAUCCAACCAGAACGCUGUUGUCAUCUACUGUGGACGUGUUUACCUGUGCAUCAGGAGCCGGGGUCAGAAGAAGCCAGCUUCCAGCUCUACCGUUCCUUCAACAUCAAAGUUGGCAUCUGAAAGCCCCAAGAAGGGGCUUCUGCAUGACAGCAGACCAGGUGUGGAACGCGCCACAUGUAAAGCAAAGCACCGUCAGAAGAAGGAUGUUAUGCUUAAGAGAAAAAGUGCAAAAGUUUCAGUGAAGGCUGGAAAUUCUUCCCCUAGACCCUCUGAUGCUGAGCAUAAAGAGGACAACCAGUGUGCUACGGCUGCUGGAAGAGAGCACACCUCAGAGGAAGCAGCUCUGCAGCCUCAGGAGGAGCAGAAAGCCGUGGACGGCGGUGUCGGUGGCGAACAUGAGAUGCAAGACGUAGACACUGAAGAAGCCGCCUCCGCCAGGAACGAUGACCAAAGCAGCAGCCACAUGUGGACCAUGAGCGAGUCUCUGGGUCCAGCCACUGCCUCCACAUCGUUACAGAUGGGCUUUGACUUUAAUGAGCUGGAACAAGAGGAGAAGAUCGCUCAGAUGAAGGCUAGAUUCAUGCAGAGUGAAGCAGCUCUUAAAAACAUGCUAUCUUAAUGGUUAUCAUUCAGUGAGGGUGAAGAACGAAGCCAAAGACUCAUUUCACAUUUAGUUAGAAAUUUUUCUCUUUUUCUGUCUAUUUUUUAAAAAAAAUCAAGCACUUCUUUGUUUUCUAUUAACUUUUGCACAAUUUUUUUUUAUACACAUUCUUCAUCAUCACAUCCACAUGUCCGUUCCCUCAUAGAGAUCUGACUCGUAUUUUAAAAUUAAUUUAAAUAAUUCAUUCUUUGUCUGGUUUGGAAAAUGAGGAGAAAAAACAUAAAUAAAUGUGGCGGAUUCACUCA